GUCAACAUCAUCACCGUGACAUAGACUGGCGACGGCAUAAAAAAAGGAAACGUGACCUGUCGAAGGAAGCUCGACCGAAGCCCGUGUGUUUUUGUUGAAUUUUUGAUAAAAGGCGAGUUAACAUAACCAAAUGAGUACUACUAUUUAUGAAUGGCUUUAAUUUAACUGCCAAAUAUGGUAAUUAAGCUUGAGUCAACUCGGGAACUGAUUCAGCUCGUAAAACUCUGCUACGGAGAAGUAUGCCUUUGCUGGUGCGCUAGCUAGCUAGCGUUAGCUUUCAGGAUGGGCAACUGAACGCUAACCGAACAAGCAAAAAUAUCAAUGUACGAUGACUGAAUCUUGAGAGUACUGUCUCUCGAUAACGUGGCGAGAAAAGAGAGAGCGUGCCUUUAGCUACCUCCGAUACUGUGUCGAUACUGUUUACAUGAUGAAGAACUGCGAGUACCAGCAGAUCGACCCGAGAGCGCUGUCUGUGUCGCCCUCGUCCGCACAGAACCACACCGAGAAGAAAGGGCAGCGGCCGCGGAGGAAAUGGGAAGUGUUCCCAGGGAAGAACAGGUUUUUCUGCGAUGGACGGAUCAUCCUGGCCAGACAGAGCGGUGUCCUUCCUCUGACACUGGGCCUUAUUGUUGUCACUUGUGGCCUUUUCUUUGCAUUUGAUUGCCCAUUCCUGGUGGAGCAUCUGACCAUCUUCAUACCUGUGAUUGGUGGGGUGCUGUUUGUGUUUGUGGUCCUCUCCCUGCUGAGAACCAGCUUUACAGAUCCAGGCAUCUUACCUAGGGCUACCCCAGAUGAAGCAGCAGACAUAGAGAAGCAGAUAGAUACCUCAGGAUCCUCUACGUAUCGCCCGCCACCGCGGACCAGGGAGAUCCUCAUCAACCAGCAGGUGGUAAAGCUCAAAUACUGCUUCACUUGUAAAACGUUCCGCCCUCCUCGGACCUCCCACUGCAGCCUGUGUGACAACUGUGUGGAACGAUUUGAUCACCACUGCCCAUGGGUGGGGAACUGUGUGGGGAAGCGCAAUUACCGCUUUUUCUACAGCUUCAUCAUCUCUCUGUCUUUUCUGACAUCUUUCAUAUUUGGCUGUGUCAUCACACACAUUACCCUGCGUUCUCAAGCAGGUAAAAGCCUUGUUCAAGCCAUUCAAGAGAGCCCUGCCAGUGUGGUGGAGUUGGUGAUUUGUUUCUUCUCCAUCUGGUCUAUUAUGGGCCUCUCAGGCUUCCAUACUUACUUAGUGGCCUCCAACCUCACAACAAAUGAAGAUAUAAAGGGCUCCUGGUCAAGUAAAAGGGGUGCAGAGGAGUCUGGGAACCCGUACAGUUACAACAGUAUUAUAACCAACUGUUGUGUGACGUUAUGUGGCCCCAUGCCCCCAAGUCUGAUUGACCGAAGAGGUUUCCUGCCUCUCGACGAGGCAGUCCCAGCUGCUUCUGCCUCGGAGAUAGAGCUACCUCCCUUCGCGGCCAAGAAUGACGCGCACAUGUGCACCCAGAGCACCAAGGACGUGCUGGAGAGGAUGGUCCACUCCUUCGACUUUCAUGACCUGUGCCCCCCUGGCACCUCAAAGACCACCCCUCUGGACCUGGAGGUUUCCAGCACGGCAGCACCUUCCACAGAAGCUUCACCCUCUGAUGGCUGCUCACAACAGCACGCCCACCAGCCUUUGGCCGCUCCUUGCCCCCCGUUCAGUAGAAGCAGCAAGAGGGACUCUCUGCACUCAAUCAACCCAGCCUUCCGUUUGGCUUCUCCUUCCCCGUCGCUGAGCCGCGCCACCUUGAUUCUGGGUGAUGUGCCCGACACUGGCUUUGUCCAGCUACCCUGAGUAUGCCCAGUAACCAUAAGAGAACAAAAGGAGUCAUAGCGCACUUGUCCUGCUGCAUGCAACGCUGCUCUGUAUCACUGGCAAUGUUUUUGGCUACAAAGAAACUUUUCAUAGUGGUGGUCAUGCUGUGUGUUGCCAUUUCUGGUAUCUCAAGAUGUCAUUGUGAUGAGUUGAUUAAGCAUUAACUGGAGGGUUUUUAUGUUCUCUGAGUUAUAUCAACAAUGUCCUACUAUACAAUAUGUGUCCUUCAGGAUGGAGGUAAAUCUUAGUAAUACUUAGAAGCACAAUAUAGAGAUAUUUUUUUAACACCUUUUUAUGAAGAGACCCAGAACAUGCCUCCACACCUUCCACACAACCUCAAGCCAUAUGUCACAGCCGCAGUGUUUGAGUUCUUGCUAAUGUCUUAUGCAAACAGGUCUUUAAAUAUUUUGAAUACUUAAAGCGUGAGUGUGGAUGCAAGAAGUACAGAAACAAGAGUUUAGAUGUACUAAACUGGCAUGUUUUGGAUAAUGAGCCAUUUCAGGAUGAUCAACUCAAGAGUUAGCCUUAUGUCAUUUUCCUGUCAUCUAGAUCUACAUCAUCCCAGUGUCACCAUGUGGAUCCUGCUUGACAGUAUUUAUAUGAAUGAGCGAUCAGAGUUUGAAGAGGGAGGGCAAGUUGCAGACUUUAUUUCUUAUGUAUUCAUAUCAAGGGUUUUGCUGUAUUUUGUAGUCAGUUCUGCGUGUCUUAAAUGGCUAAAUGGUAACUAUCUUUUCUUUUUGUGAUGUGUAUCACUAGGAGACUUAAAACAAGUAAAAACAGUGAAUUUGUGCAGAUAUUUUUCAUGUACGACUGGAUACUAACUGACUGAAAUGUGUAGCAUUUUCAGAAGUAGUUUCUCCGCAUAUAGUAUGUCCACUUUGUUGCUUUAUCUGUUGGAUGUCAAAACCCAGUAUUUAUUUUAAAUCAAACUCAAAUUUGCUUCUGCUCACCAGGGAUUGGAUUGCAGUAUUUAUCACUGUUACACCGUUUCCUAUUAAUAUGAUCUACUGGGAUGCUUUCUGUGCUAGUGAGCAUCUGCUUUUUAUGUGUGUUGGUGGUUACACCACAGGGUUAAUGUGUGGACUGUGUCAAGCAGAGUAAUGUUUUAGGAAUGAUGAUGAGGCCUGUUUACAUGCAGGGCAAGCUGUCAUUUACAUGGCUGCGACCUUUUCCUCUUCUUACAGCAUGAAACUUCACCUUCUCUGUGUGAUGAUGGUGUACAAUUUCUUGAGAGAGUAAAUUGCAGGAGUUUGUUUGUUCCGCUAGGGGGCAGCAUGUCGAUAAGGUUUGCAGCCUAGUCAGAGGACAGUUUACUAACAUGAAAACCAUUAAAAGAAAGGCCUUUUGAUGUUUUAUUUAUUUUUUGUAAUUGGGCAUUGAAGCUGUAGGUUGUGAGUUUGUGAAGAACCACUUUGCCAUAGUCAGUGGAUCGUUCAUUUAUCAAUCUGCAUCAAGACCCAUAGGUUGUGUAAACAAUUACAAGCAGUGCUUGUAUGAACAAACUUGUUUGUUUGUAUUUUGUAGGAUGUAACAGUGGAACUGUAACAUUUGGUCAAUAAAAAUGACGAGUUUUGUUGAUUUGGA